UAGGUAGAUCGUAUCGAUUUUACCAGCCUACGUAUACAUUCCUCUUUUAUAAUCACGUUAAUAAAAUGGUUAAGAUUUAUAUGGAAUGGGCUAAUCAUUAUUUGGAAAGAGGACAUUAUAAGAGAUGCGUUCAAGAUUUGCAGAACGACGUUCGGGAUGGUGUUCUCCUCGCUGACGUCAUCGAAGCUGUUAUUGGCGUGAAAAUUCCCAACAUCGUUAGAAAACCCCAAAACGCGGAAGAAAUGGUCAACAACAUCGAGUUUUGCUUAGCGUUGUUAGUGGAUUUGGGUGUUUCCACGCAGAAUAUCACUAGUAAAGACAUCAAGGAUGGAAAUCUGAAAUCGAUUUUGAGUUUGUUUUUUAACCUCUCGAGAUAUAAACAGGCACAGAAAGAGAAUUCGGCAACGUCUAACAGUAUUAAAGAAAAUAAAAUAAAACGCCCAAAUAUUAAUUGUACCUCCGAAAUGCCUUCGAAACUUCCCGCUCCUUUUAAACCCGCGAGUCGCGAAUCUUCACCAGCUUCAAUCAGUCAUAUUCCAGCUCCCACAUCAGGAAACACACGAAAACUCAAUCAGAUAGAAAGGCCACAGCUAACAAAAACUACAACUAAUAAUACUACAGGAACAUCCGGUGUAGCCUGUAAGCCGCCUCAGUCAUCAAACUGCAAUUCAAGACCGGCUUCAUUUAUUCCACAGCCUAGAGGACAGAGGGAUCGAGCUGCUACCACUCUCAGACCUCCGACUUCAUCUAACUCGAUUCAAUCUGGAAAACAAAUUCCAGCAGCGAAUAAAACGUCAUCGGGGGAGAAUAAAGUUUCGCACAAUUCCAUGUUCGACAAGUUUAAGUUAUUUAAUUCUAAAGAUAAAGCUGGAACCAAAGCUAAUCCGGUCUCAAAACGUACAAGCAGUAGCAGCGGCAUCAGUUCGGCGCAGAGCGAGAGAAGUGAUUCUUCUACCAGCCUGUGUACGGAUAACAAAACAGCAGCAGGCAAUAACGUACGACCCACUGUACGCAAUGGCCCAAAGAAGAAUACAGUUGUUAAGACAGCAGUAGCCCCUUCCAAAGCCACUACUAGUCAAGUUACGAAAAGCGAACCAAAGAAGCAAGAAUCGCAAUUGACGACAGAUGAGAAACAGAAAUUGCAACAAAGCAGAAAGUCGUUCAACAUAAAAAAAAGUGCACCCAUCGAAGAAAAAUCGAACAAACCGGAAGAAGUAAAUAAAGUGGAGACCAGCGCAUCUAGGGAUCAAGACGAUGGCAACGAGAAAGAAACAAAAAGCAAUACGUCUGAUGCACUCCACAAAGAUAUAUCAAGCAGCUGUUUAGACAAUAAUAAAUCAUCGAUCAGUCAGCCCAAUAACUCAAUCCAUUUGUCAAAGUUUGCACCGGCUAUCCAGCAUUGCACCGCAUCCCAUCAGUCAAAAGUAUCGACUAACCAAUCUGUGGGCGCACAAAGUAAAACUCCACACAAUAAAGAAGGAAGUGAACAGAAUGACAAGAAGUGCACACAAGAUAAGACGGAUCCCCCUUCUAAAACUUGUGAAACCCAUCCAGUGAUUAAUUCUGCAACUAUGUCGACGGCUGGGAGUCACCUACCCAAACCUACUGCUGCUGUUAAGGGGACUAGUAAGACACCAUCGAAACUGCAAAACAACCAAGAUAUUUAUGUCCCUGUUCACAUCUCCGCUCCAGAGAUCCAACCGGAGGUCAAACUGAGUAAGAGUUGUCCUCGCAACGAGAGCAUAAGUGUAGCCAUGGUGUCUCCAAUUUUAAACAGCAAAAACGAUAGUUUAAAACUGGAGACAGCAUUCGACAAUACCGACAAGAUUAUCAGCUCUUCCAACAAGAUGAAUGAGACCACUCUAGCUGAAGAAGCGGAAGACAUAGUGCUGAAUAUCAAACCCAUGCAACCCAUCAUUCGAUCUUCCGCUUACGGUUACAUGAGAAGUCUCAGCCCCCUGACUGGCAGGCUGAGAUUUCAAACGGAGUUGAAUGGUGGAAGAAUUGGUUUCGGCAAACAGAUAUUUUCCGACACCAACCGGGUGUACAACAUGAAGAAAUCGAUUCUGGGAGGUGGGGGAUUGUUAGAGGCAGAUUACCUCACUGAUCUGGAUCAUGUUGACUUAUCGGCGGGUUACAUGAGCGAUGGUGAGAUUCUACGCCCAGGGGCCAUUUGCCAUCUCGAUGAUAUCGCUAGCGGAUAUUUGAGCGAAGGAGGCAGCCAACCGUUGUACACGAAAAGGAAUACUAAUAGAAGUAAGGAUCUCAAUGGCAGUCAGCAAACCAGCAUUUUUCAGGAAGAAAGAAAUAAAUCCUCUAUGCAGAAUUCAAUUAAAUUCGGUUUCGAAGAUAGUAGUUCACUUAGUAGCGGCAUUAGUGAUACUGUUGCAGAAUUUAGCACCGAUGAUAUUACUAGUUCUUCUAUGAGCUCUGAUAAUCAAUUCAACAGCUUGAAGCGUACUCCUCACACACAGACGACCUGCAAAUUGUCGCUGCCAUCAUCAAACGACAAGAAUCACUUGGGAUCUAAAUCCAUCAACGGUACCAAUGAUAGCGGAAGCAAAAAUCGAUCUAAUAUUAAGAAAACAGACAGUUCUAUGCAAACCGAAUCCAGUGCCUUUCAUCAUAAUUCCACGUCGACUGCAUGGAAGAAGCAUCACGAUCAAACAAACAGACUGGAAAACAAGUGCGAGUCGGAAAAAUGCAAAAUAGAAAACGAGAAAAGAGAAAAGAAAGGAUCGAGCACUAGUUCAUCUAAGAAAAAUACUAGCAGCGACUCGCAUAAAUCUCGACAUAAGUCAUCUAAAUCAGAUGAAAGCAAACAUAAAGCUGCAGAAACCGAUUGUCCAAAUGAAAAAUCCUCACGCAGUAAUAAAAAUAUCUGUAACGAUACCGGUCAUCUUAAAAAUAAUGAUGGUAAAAAAGUCUUGUCAUCACGGGCAGCUACGCCAAACGUGGCAUCAGUUACUAAACGCUCUACAGUUGUGCAUCCCAGUAAUCCUUGCAGCAAUAUGAAAUCGAAUAGUACAAAAUUAUCAAUAGGGAAUCCGAAUUGCAAAAAAAUUCUUGAGAAAUGUUCUGAUAAUUUGAGAAUGUGUGAUUCUGCAGAAACUACAAACGAUCCACCAUCCAUUAUGAUGUUUCAGAGAUGCGGGACGGUUCCAGGAUGUUCUAACAGUAGAGCAUCUUUGGACAUAAAAGGAAAAUUAAAAGUUAGUGCCAAUACUCAAACUACAGUUCAUGAUCUCUGUGUCACGACUCAUUCUGAUAGCGAGUAUAGUUCUUUAGGAAGGAAAUAUCCUACUAAACACUACUUACUAGCAUCGCCUGCUGGUCUGAAGGAUAGAGUUUAUGGCAAUAGAUCUAAUAAUUCCAGUUCCGUAUCCGAUUAUGUGCUGCUACCAGGUUUAUCAGGAGGCGAACAUAGGACCCGCUUUUCUAUGAAAUCAACAGAUAGUGAUAACUAUCUUCGUCUGGACAUACCUACAACUACUACAAGCUCAACUAGUCAUUACGCUUGGUUACGUCACAGUCCUAGUCUAGCUAUGUCGGUGGCAUCUGCUCCAACCUCCAGGCUUUAUUCUUCGGGAGUGUUAACAGAAGCAGAAAGCAUGGAAUCAUUAUCAUCUACAACAUCUAGUGUACAUGCUCAGAUACAACACGCUCGUGCCAAUAGUUUAACACAUGCGCGCCUGAUGAUGCACCAAAGAGAAUUAUCCUCAUCUCCAAGAUUGUCACGGUCUAAUUCGAUUCGAUCCACAAAAUCAGAAAAAUUGUAUCCAUCCAUGUUGCAGAGAUCGGAUGAUCUAGAUUCUGCAAUAGGUUGCAGUGCUUCGUUAUCAGGAUAUUCUGGAAACGGCAGUGGCAGCUCUCAUACCAGUCAACCUACCUCACCCAUUUCUUUAACGCAGGGUUGUGCUCGUUUGUUUCCAUUAUCUCACAUGAAUCCCGCUGUGACUACAUCAAAUCCAACUCAGACCAAUAGCAGGAGUUCUAACACGAUGUCUCAUUAUAUGGGUGGUUUGUUAUCAAAAAUUGGAAAUAAGGACGAUGACAUUCAUGGAUCGUCGUUAUCUUUAGUAUCCACAACUUCUUCUAUUUAUUCAACGGCCGAAGAGAAGCAAGCACACGAAAUAAAAAAGUUGAAGAGAGAACUGGAACAAGCACACGAAAAAGUAACUACCUUAACAUCUCAACUAACCACUAACGCACACAUGGUAGCAGCAUUCGAACAAUCGCUCUCUAAUAUGACUACAAGAUUACAACAUUUAACAGCGACAGCAGAACAGAAAGAUUCAGAACUGAAUGAGUUGAGGAGUACCAUUGAAGCAUUGAAGAAACAGAGUGCGGAAGCCGGAUUGACAAAGAUGGCCCUGCAAUCCAUGCAGGCAGUCCAGCGAAGUACGGGUGUUCCUAACUUAGUUCGCCGUCACACAUUUAACACUACUAAGGAUACUGGUAUGAUGUCGACUAACACUAAAGCAAACCUCGAAGUGGCCGCUAAUUCGUCAUAUUUCUGCAUCGAGCUAUUUGCUUUGGAGGCCUUUAGAGCAGUUUCUAAAUAGUUUUUUCUAUGCAUGUUAAAUGGCGGAAUGAAAGCCGAAAAAAAAUCUGAUUUAAACUAAUUGUUAUUUUUAUUGUUGUUUGUUUUUUUUUUGCAUUUGUUUACCGCUCACGUAAUGUGGCUAUGUAGUAAUAAUUUUCAUUUCUAUUCUAUCGCUUUGUUUCUACCCGAUUGUCAGUCGGCUUGUGUUAAAAUAUCAAACACAACAACAAUAUAACAGAAACAUAUUUUGAUCCAGAGAUGAAUUACGAUUUUAAACAUUAUU